ACUUCUUUUUACCUGCUGCUAUCAUUCUUUUCAAAUCCCUCUAAAUUUCACACCAGACGCACAUCUCCUUAUUUUUUUCUCUUCAAUUCGCAGGAUGGUGCGGCUGUAGUAUUUUCCGUGUGUAUUGUUUGGUUAUUAGUAGUUAUAUAAGAUAAGAUGGGUUCACCUGAACGUGUAAAAAGUUCGGCAAGAAGGGAUGUAGAUGACAGUUCAGGUGGUAGGAGUGAUAGGGGUAGAGAUGACGAUAUUUGGGAAGGGGAUGAGCGGAGAAAACGAAGGUCUUCGGGCAAGUCGAGGCCAUCGGGAAGUGGAGAGGAGGCUGAAGGGUUGGAGAAUAGUGGGAGAAAGGAUAAAAACGAGAGUAGGAAGAGGCCAGGUGGUGGUUCUGGUAAGGUAGUUAGUGAGGAGGAUGAGUAUGAGUCACGAAGAGAGUCGAGAGCAAAGCAGUUGAAAAAGAAACAAGACGAGAGUGCUUUGGAGAGUUUGAGUAAUUGGUAUCAGGAUGGGGAGGGUGAGAAUAGACAUGAUGGCGGUGAAAGAAGUGAGAGAAGAAAGACGGCUUCAAAGACGUCUGACCGUGAAAGUUUACAUAAUAGAAGUAAGGUUAGAGAUGAAAGAUUGCAUGAUGGUGAGAUUGAAAAGAUGCAUGAAAAAGAUUCCAAGUACUCUGACAGAAAAGAUAGUAGUCGAGAAAAGAGUCAUGGAAGAAAAAGGUGGGAUGAUGCAAGUGUUGAAGAACCUGUUCAAAGGGGUGGAAAGUCAGCAGACAUGAAGCGCGAGGGUGAUAAAGGUCCCAAGUACCAUGAAAAAGAUGAUAGAAGAGGUGAACCUGAGAAGAUUAAGAGUAAGGAAAAUGUAGAAGUUAUUGAGAAAGAAAAUGAAGAAAAUCCCGCUAAUCUUGAAGAUAUGCCAGCCAAGGAGAAAGUCGAUACAGUUGAAAGCCGUGAAAGAUCAUAUAAUGCUGAUGAAGAAGGCAGUACAUGGAUAAGGGAUAGGGGUAGAAGAGACCUUGACCGCUCUACUAGGUCAAGGACUCCUGAGAGAAGUGCAAGGCGUCAUUAUGAGUCAGAAUAUAAUGAGUCAGAUUUAGAUAAAAGCAGCAGUUAUAGAAGGAAGGAUCCAGAAAAAGAUGGUUACAGAGAGGAAAGAUCAAAAGGGAGGGAUGACAGCUGGAAAAGAAGGCAACCGGCCUUUUCUGACAAAGAAAUGAAAGAUGGUGAUGCCCCUUAUGACUACACGCGAGAUUGGGAGUCACCAUCACAAAGACGUGGUCGUGAUAGGGCUGAAACGGAAAGACAUAUGGGUCGUCCUGGUGGUAGAAAGGAUGGGAAUCGGACGGAUGCUGUGAAAACCUCAUCAAGUUAUGGUGUUUCAAAAGAUAACUAUGAUGUGAUAGAGAUUGAAACUAAGCCUUUCAACUAUGGGAGGAAAAACGAAGUCAAUGAGCAAUCUGAUGUAAAAACAGGACCAAAUGAUGACGAUCAAUCUGUUGAAGAUUCAAAAGAUAGAUAUGGAGAUGAUAGAAAUGCAGAUGAAAUUGAGGGAGGGAAAGGUAAAGGGCAGCGUGGUAACUUACCCAAUCGUUCAGGUGGUUGGCAAGGACAAUCUUCAAGUAAUGAUUCACAACCGUCUCAUGGCUACCAAGAUCCAGGUUCCUUUAAUAGAGGUCCUUCUCAAGGUAAUAAAAGUAACAAUAGAAUGGGGAGAGGAGGAAGGGUGCGGCCAUCAGGAAGAGAUGGUCAACAAGUCAACAUGCAAGUCCCGAUGAUGGGUUCACCAUUUGGGCCACUCAGUAUGCCACCACCUGGUGGAUUGCAACCACUUACGCCUACUAUGUCUCCCGGUCCAGGACCUCAAAUGUCUCCUGCCGUCUUUAUCCCACCGUUUUCUCCUCCUGUUGUUUGGCCUGGAGUUCCUCCCGGGAUUCCAGGUGUUCCUCCUGGCGGGCCUUCAGGACCCAGAUUUCCUCCAAAUAUAGGUCCCCCACCUAAUUCCGCUAUGUAUUUCAACCAACCCGGACCCAUAAGAGGCAUGCCUCCAAACAUGCCGGGUCCCGGUUUCAAUGCUCUAGGACCCAUGGGCCGUGGGCAGCAACAAGAUAAGGGACCUGGUGGGUGGGUCCCUCCCAGAAACAAUGGCCCUCCAGGUAAAGCUCCUUCUCGAGGAGAACAGAACGAUUAUUCCCAAAAUUUUGUUGACACUGGUAUGCGACCCCAGAAUUUUAUUAGGGAAUUAGAGCUCACUAGUGUUGUGGAGGAUUAUCCUAAGCUUAGGGAGCUUAUACAAAAGAAGGAUGAAAUUGUUGCUAAUUCUGCUUCUGCUCCCAUGUAUUACAAGUGUGAUCUGCGUGAGCAAGUUUUAUCGCCCGAGUUCUUUGGGACCAAGUUUGAUGUUAUUCUUGUGGACCCACCUUGGGAGGAAUAUGUUCAUCGGGCUCCUGGUGUUACUGACCAUAUGGAUUAUUGGACUCUUGAGGAAAUAAUGAAUCUCAAGAUCGAGGCAAUAGCGGACACACCAUCUUUUGUUUUCCUCUGGGUUGGUGAUGGAGUUGGUCUUGAGCAGGGUCGGCAGUGUCUAAAGAAGUGGGGAUUCCGUAGAUGUGAAGAUAUAUGCUGGGUGAAAACCAACAAAACGACUGCAACACCUGGAUUGCGCCAUGAUUCACAUACUUUGUUUCAGCGUUCAAAGGAGCAUUGCUUGAUGGGAAUAAAAGGAACUGUUCGGCGAAGCACUGAUGGUCACAUAAUCCAUGCCAAUAUCGAUACAGAUGUAAUUAUUGCCGAGGAGCCACCAUAUGGGUCUACUGCAAAACCUGAAGACAUGUAUCGCAUUAUUGAGCACUUCUCGCUUGGACGCCGCAGGCUUGAGCUUUUUGGGGAAGACCAUAAUAUACGGGCUGGGUGGUUGACUGUUGGUAAAGACUUGUCCUCCUCCAAUUUCAAUUCUGAGGGAUAUAUUCGGAACUUUGCGGAUAAAGACGGGAAAGUUUGGCAAGGAGGAGGUGGAAGAAACCCGCCACCUGAAGCGGGUCAUCUUGUGCUAACAACUCCAGAUAUUGAAUCACUUAGGCCAAAGUCACCGAUGAAAAAUCAACUUCAGAUGCAGCAGCAACAGUCAAAUUCCAUAGCUCUAACAGGAGGUGGGUCAAGCAACAAGAGACCAUCUGGGAAUUCCCCAUCAAACCAUACUGGACCAGGCAUGAACCAAGAAGCAUCUGGCUCCAAUAUGUCAGGUCCGGUCCCAUGGGGUCCACCAAUGGGUGGUGGUAUGGGUCCGGAUGAAAGAUUUUUCGAUAACAUGUAUGGGUUUAGUGUUCCUUUUGGACCCAUGGGUGGAGAAUACAUGGAUUUUGAAACUCAUAGAGCGAUGAACAAUAUGUUGUAGUUUAAAAAUAUCUAUUCUUUGUUUUAUUUAAUUUUCAUUUGAAUAA